AUGGCAGCGCUGGCAGCGGUGGGAGUAGGCACCCAGCAGCCCACCCGUGCGCCAUGCAACAGCAGUGGGUGGCAGUGGCGCCACCUGGGCGCCGGCGGGAGCAGUGGCGACAACACCAGCAGCAGCGCUCAGCAGCGCAAUGUUGCAGCCGCCGCCAAGCGGCGCGGUCCUAGCAGGAACAGCGGCAGCACGGCAGGGGGCGGCGGCAGGGGGCGCACAGCUCCCAGAGACCGGGCGGCCGUCAAGGAGCUGGCCGUCGUGCUGAAGGAUGGCAAGCGGCAGCGCGGAGACGGCGGCGGCAGCGGCGGCGGCGGCGGCAGCGCCGGCUUUGGCCCGCCGAGCGGCGCCAGGAGCAGCAGGGGCGGCCGCCGCGGGCGGUGGGAGGAGGAGGAGGCCGACUUGGAGGCUGAGGGGGAGGCUGACUGGGAUGAGGAGCUGCUUGCGGACUUGUCUGACUCAGGCAAGCCUGAGGUGGCGGAGCUGAUUGGCGAGGAGGGCGGCGAGCGGGGCGGCGACCCGCUGGCAGGCGCCGACCCCGACCUUCGUGCGGCGGUGGAGCAGGUGCUGUGCCAGUUUGCUUUCCAGCUGGACCCUUUCCAGGUGCAGGCGGUCGCCAAGCUGCUGGCCGGCAAGUCAGUGGUGGUGUGCGCCCCCACGGGCGCCGGCAAGACGGCGAUCGCCGAGGCCGCCACCCUGCACUACCUGGCUGAGGGGAAGCGGGUCAUCUACACCACCCCUCUCAAGGCGCUGUCCAACCAGAAGCUGGGGGAGAUGCGGGAGCGGUUUGGGGUAGAGGGUGCGGGGCUGCAGACGGGGGAUGCAUCGCUCAAUAUCGACGCGCCGGUGGUGGUCAUGACGACCGAGAUACUGCGCAACAUGCUGUACCGCGUGGACGACGAUGGGCGUACCGCAGACGACCGCCUGAAGGAUGUGGGGCUGGUGGUGCUGGAUGAGGUGCACUACCUCGGAGACCCGGGCCGCGGCAGCGUGUGGGAGGAGGUUAUUAUCAACCUCCCUCCACACAUCAAGCUGCUCAGCAUGAGCGCCACAGUGCGCAACCCAGAGGACCUAGGGGGCUGGAUCUCGCAGGUGCACGGCGCGUGCGACACCAUCCGUACCAGCUUCCGCCCGGUGCCGCUGACCUGGCACUUCUGCCACGCCCAGCCCGCGGCCGACGACGCCGGCCCCGCGCCACCGCCCGCGCGCCUGCUCCCGCUGCUCGACGACAGCAGGCGCAGGAUCAACCCUGCGCUGCUGCCGCCGGGAAAGCGGUACAUGUUUGAAGAGUCUUCAGGCACGCCUGAGGCUCGCCGGGCAGCAGCUGGGCGGCUCUGGAAGGCCCGGCCCAGCCCAGAUGGCUGGGGCCGGUGGGAUGGCCUGAAGAAGGGCAAGGUCAGCCUGAGGACGGUGGAGGAGCUCGUGGGGGCUGUGAUGGACGACGACUGGCACAGCCUGCCCCGCUGGAAGCGCAUACCCUCGCUGGAGGCAGUGGCGCUAGCGCUGGAGGCGCGGGCCAUGCUGCCCGCCAUCUGGUUCAUCUUCAGCCGGCGGGAGUGCGACCUGGCGGCGCGGCACCUGGAGAUCCACGGCGCCGCGCUGACCAGCCCCGAAGGCAAGAAAAGAAGGCCGCCUGUCCCCUCUCGGCUGGCUGGCUAUCCAGCUGGCUGGCUGGCCAACUGGCUGGCUGCGGCCAGCGGGGGCAUCUCCCGGCAGCAGAUACAGUGGGAGCUGGAUGCGCUGGCGGCGGAGCAGCCCGAGGCGGUCAAGGGCGGGUUUGUGGAGGCGCUGCUUCGGGGGGUGGCCUCGCACCACGCCGGCUGCCUGCCCGCCUGGAAGGGCCUGGUGGAGCGGCUGUUCCAGAGAGGCCUGCUGAAGCUGGUGUUCGCCACCGAGACGCUGGCGGCAGGCAUCAACAUGCCCGCCCGCACUACCCUGGUGGCCGCGCUGUCGCGGCGGCGCGGCGGCGGCAUCGGCAGCCUGCAACACAAUGAGCUGCUGCAGAUGGCGGGGCGGGCGGGGCGGCGCGGAUACGACACCACUGGCAGCUGCGUGGUGCUGCAGAGCAAGUGGGAGGACCCCGACGUCGCCUGGGACAUCAUCCGGCGUGGCCCCGAGCCACUGCGCUCCCAGUUCUCCACCGGCUACGGCAUGGUCCUCAACCUGCUCUACACCCGCCCCCUGGCCGAGGCGCGCGCCUUCCUGGACCGAUCGUUCUCGCGGUACCUGGCAUCCAUCGGCGCGCAGCGGCGGCUGGCGGAGGCUGGCCGCCUGGAGGCACGGGCUGCUGAGGUCAUGGGUGAUAUGGCUCGCCGUGCGGGGAUCAGCGAGCAGGCGGAGGGGCUCUGGGCCAAGUACCAGAAGCUGCAGGGGCGGCUGAAGGAGGAGAAGCGGGCAGCCAAGCUGCUCCGCGCGCAGCUGGCGGACGAACGGGCGGCAGCGGCAGAGCUGGCGCUGGAGCGGCUGAGCCUGCCCCGCCUGGUGGGCCUGGACCUGUCUGCCUCCAACCUAGCCGACUCCGACUACCGCCUGCCCGCGCUGCUGCUGUGCAACCUGGAGCGGGGUUCGUCUGGUGUGUGGGUGUUGGAGGCGGGGCCAGACUAUCUGUGCCUCGGGGCGGACAACAAGCUGUACCAGGUGGGGGCCCGCCACAUCAACGGCAUCGCGCCCGGCCCGCACCCCGUUGCCAACGAUGCCGAGGCGUGCGCCGGGGUGAUGCGGCACGCUCAGGCGCUGCGCAGCAGGAGUGAGCUGGGCAGCUGGAGCUUGGGCUGGAGCGAGCUGUCGGGGGAUGUGGGGUGCGCCGAGGGGUCUGUGGUGACGGCGCUGGUGGCCUCCAAGCUGCUGCUCCCCGCUGAUCUGGUGCCACUGCUGCCGUCCCCAGAGGGCCUGGCGGCCCUGGAGGGGCAGCGGCAGCGGGUGCGGGCCGUGAAAGCGCAGGUGAAUGAGAUCAAGGCAGCCAAGGCGGCCACGCUGCUGGAGCGUGCGGCGGUGCUGCGGACUGAGGUUGAGGAGCAGGCGGGCAGCAGCUGGCGGGCGUUUGAGGACCUGCUGGCCAUCCUGCAGGAGGUGGAGGCCCUGUCGGGCCCGCCGCAGCUGCAGGCGGCGGUGGCGCGGGAGGACGCGGGCGACGACACAGCAAGCAGCGCCAGCGGCAGCGGUGGCACCAGUUUAGGAAUAGUCCCUAGCACUGGUAGCAGCGACAGCAGCGUCAGCAGCGUCAGUGACGAGGUUAACGAUGGUGGCGGCUCUGCGGCUGCCGCCCCCGUCGGUGCCGGCAGCGGCGGGCAGGUGGCCUUCACGCCUCUGGGCCUGGUGGCGCGGGAGGUCAACUGUGCCAACGAGCUGUGGAUGGCGCUGGUGCUGACGCACGACGCCCUGCAGGCGCUGCCGCCGCCGCAGCUAGCCGGCGCGCUGAGCGCAGUGAUAUCGGCGGAGUGCGUGUCGCGUCCCACCGUGUGGGCCGCCUAUUCGGCCACCGAGGGCGUGACGGCGGCGGUGGCGGCGGUGGAGGAUGCGCGGCAGCGGCUGGCGGGGCUGCAGGUGCGGCACGGCGUGGAUGCCCCCAUCUCGGUUGACCUGCGGCUGGCGGGGCUGGUGGAGGCCUGGGCUGCGGGGUGCUCCUGGGAGCAAGUGAUGCAGGACUGCAGCCUGGACGACGGCGACGUGGCGCGCCUGCUGACCCGGACGGUUGAUUUGCUUCGCCAGGUAGCGCACUGCGACACGCUGCUGCCGCCGCUGCGCAAGAGCGCGCGGCAGGCGAUGGCGGCCAUGGACCGCAAGCCAAUCAGCGACCUGGUGGCCUAG